AGGCCCAGAUCGGCCCAAAAACCUGAAAACCUCCCUAUGAACAAGAGGGUUCGCGCAUUAUUAAACUGUGACCAAAUUUGAAACUUUUUUUUUUUUUACUGUUUCCCCAAAAAUUCUUUUAAAAAUCGAAUCGACAAAUUCCUUCCGCCGUCGGAAUGUCAAUUCCCGAUCCCAACUCCUCCGCAUCUCUAACGGUGUCUCCGUCUCUCUCCACCGCACCGGAAAAUCCGUCGAUACCAGCAAACACUGUCAGACCACCGCCGACUCAGCCACCUCCUGCUCCGCCGCCACCACCGCCUCCGACUUACAGACCCAUAGCUCCGCUUCGCCAUCCUAAUCCGUUACAACAAUAUGCUCAUAAUAAUAACCUCUACGCACAGUCAAUUCCGGUCAGACGCCAAAUUCAAGAUCCGUCAGCAGUUCCUCACCCGUUUGCUCCUCCGGGUCGAGGGUUUUCAGCCCGACCCGUUCGAGGGUUCGUCGCUGAUCCUUCAUUGACGGCCGGUAAUCAGAGUGGGUACCCUCCUCGCCCGGGUUUUGCUUACAAUCCUCGACAAUUUGAGGCGAGUCAAAUGGAAUCCAUGUUGCAGCAGUACUUAAUGGGGAGACUUCCUCAGAUUAAUCCGUUACCACGCCUUGGAUCGGGUUCUCCAGUUGGGUCGGGUCUCAUUAGAGGAAGUCCUCAGUUUCUGCAACCGCGGGUUGCCCCACCCCCAACUUCAAUUCUAGACACUAGCAGGAAUAGAAAGGCCAGAAGCAAGGAUGGGGCUCUUGUUGUUGUUAGAGGGAGAAAGGUCAGAAUCACUGAGGGAGCUUCUCUUUAUUCACUUGGUCGAUCGUGGUUGAAAAAUGGUGCUCACGUAGGAAUUCAGCCGCAAAGGAGUGGUAUAAUGAAACCUUUGCCAAAGCCGUUACCUGUGGAUAUAACAACAGAGACAAGUGUGCCAGAUGAUCCAGAUGAAGAAUCAGCUGAUGAAGACAAAGAGGACGAGGAAGCUGUAAAGCAAUUAUCAGAGAAGGAUCUUUUGAAAAGACACAUCGAGCGAGCUAAGAAAGUCCGUGCACGAUUAAGAGAAGAACGGUUGAGGAAGAUAAAGAGUUUCUUACACCCCAAGAAAGAAAGAGCACCGAUCUCUGUUUUUCUUUCCGCUGUUCUUUCUGCUGAGGAAAAAAGACGCAAAAUGGCGGGGAACGAGUGGAUAAAUGGAUAUCUGGAGGCGAUUCUUGAUAGCCAAGCUCAGGGGAUUGAAGAAACACAGCAGAAACCACAAGCUGCUGUGAAUCUGAGAGAAGGAGAUGGACAAUAUUUCAAUCCGACUAAAUACUUCGUUGAGGAAGUUGUGACUGGAGUCGACGAAACCGAUCUUCACCGGACUUGGCUCAAAGUCGUAGCCACUCGCAAUUCUCGUGAACGUAACUCUCGAUUGGAGAAUAUGUGUUGGAGAAUCUGGCAUCUCACUCGCAAGAAGAAGCAGUUGGAAUGGGAGGAUUCGCAGCGAAUAGCGAAUAGGAGAUUGGAAAGAGAACAGGGAAGGAGAGAUGCGACAGAGGAUUUGUCUGAGGAUUUAUCAGAAGGAGAGAAAGGAGAUGCUCUUGGAGAAAUUGUGCCACCGGAGACACCGAGAAGACAACUGCAACGCAAUUUAUCCAAUCUUGAAAUCUGGUCUGAUGAUAAGAAGGAGAAUCGUCUUUACGUUGUCCUCAUCAGUUUGCAUGGGUUGGUUCGUGGGGAAAACAUGGAGCUUGGUAGCGAUUCGGAUACCGGUGGACAAGUGAAAUAUGUUGUGGAGCUAGCUCGAGCUUUAGCGAGAAUGCCUGGUGUGUACCGAGUUGAUCUGUUUACUCGCCAGAUAUGCUCAUCAGAAGUUGAUUGGAGCUAUGCAGAGCCGACGGAGAUGCUAACCACUGCUGAAGAUUGUGACGGCGAUGAAACCGGGGAAAGCAGCGGAGCUUACAUCAUUAGGAUACCAUUUGGUCCACGGGAUAAGUACUUAAGAAAAGAGAUUCUCUGGCCGUAUGUCCAAGAGUUUGUUGAUGGAGCUUUAGCUCACAUUCUAAACAUGUCAAAAGUUUUGGGAGAACAGAUUGGGAAGGGGAAACCUGUGUGGCCAUAUGUGAUUCAUGGGCAUUACGCGGAUGCAGGGGAUAGUGCUGCUCUGCUUUCUGGUGCGUUGAACGUUCCUAUGGUCCUGACGGGUCAUUCUCUAGGAAGAAACAAGCUUGAGCAGCUUUUGAAACAAGGGAGGCAAUCAAAGGAGGAUAUAAAUUCCACUUAUAAGAUCAAGAGGAGGAUUGAAGCCGAGGAGCUAUCUCUGGAUGCUGCAGAGCUUGUUAUAACAAGCACGAGGCAGGAGAUUGAUGAACAAUGGGGACUUUAUGAUGGGUUCGAUGUAAAACUCGAGAAAGUCUUGAGAGCUCGUGCUAGACGCGGUGUUAAUUGCCACGGAAGGUUCAUGCCAAGAAUGGCGGUUAUUCCUCCGGGAAUGGAUUUUACAAACGUUGAGGUUCAAGAAGAUACACCUGAGGGUGAUGGAGAUUUAGCUUCCUUAGUAGGAGGAACCGAGGGAUCUUCUCCUAAAGCGGUUCCAACUAUCUGGUCUGAAGUCAUGAGGUUUUUUACAAAUCCUCACAAACCUAUGAUCUUGGCAUUAUCUAGACCAGACCCAAAGAAGAACAUAACCACUCUUCUAAAAGCCUUUGGCGAAUGUCGGCCUCUACGGGAGCUAGCUAAUCUAACUUUGAUUAUGGGAAAUCGAGAUGAUAUAGAUGAGUUGUCAUCUGGAAACGCUAGCGUUCUUACAACUGUCUUGAAACUCAUCGACAAAUAUGAUCUUUACGGGUCUGUCGCAUAUCCAAAGCAUCAUAAACAGUCUGAUGUUCCUGAUAUAUACCGACUUGCUGCAAAUACAAAGGGUGUGUUCAUAAACCCAGCUUUGGUUGAGCCUUUUGGCCUUACACUCAUUGAGGCUGCAGCUCACGGACUUCCGAUGGUGGCAACAAAGAAUGGAGGACCAGUUGAUAUACAUCGGGCAUUGCACAACGGUUUGCUGGUGGAUCCACACGAUCAAGAAGCGAUAGCGAAUGCGUUGUUGAAGCUGGUAUCUGAGAAGAAUUUAUGGCAUGAGUGCAGGAUUAACGGUUGGAAGAACAUUCACCUUUUCUCAUGGCCUGAGCAUUGCCGGACUUACCUGACACGUAUAGCUGCAUGCCGUAUGAGACAUCCCCAGUGGCAGACAGAUGCGGACGAAGUGGCUGCUCAAGACGAUGAAUUUUCACUCAACGACUCCCUUAAAGAUGUUCAAGACAUGUCUCUGAGACUCUCUAUGGAUGGAGACAAACCAUGGUUGAACGGGUCUCUUGAACCGAAUUCUACUGAUCCAGUUAAACAAAUCAUGAGCCGGAUGAGGACACCCGAAAUCAAGAGUAAACCGGAAUUACAGGGGAAGAAACAAACUGAUAACUUGGGGAGCAAGUAUCCGGUUUUGAGGCGACGGGAACGAUUGGUGGUUGUAGCGGUUGAUUGCUAUAACAAUGAGGGAGCGCCUGAUGAGAAAGUUAUGGUUCCGAUGAUUCAGAAUAUCAUCAAAGCCGUGCGAUCGGAUCCUCAGAUGGCUAAAAACUCUGGUUUUGCGAUUUCCACUUCUAUGCCCCUUGAUGAAUUAACUCGCUUUUUGAAGUCUGCCAAGAUUCAGGUGAGUGAGUUCGACACACUAAUAUGCAGCAGCGGGAGUGAAGUGUAUUACCCAGGAGGGGAAGACGGAAAGCUUCUUCCAGAUCCUGACUAUUCCUCGCAUAUCGAUUACCGAUGGGGCAUGGAAGGGCUUAAGAACACGGUGUGGAAACUGAUGAACACAACUGCUGUUGGUGGUGAGGCAAGAAACAAGGGCUCUCCAAGUCUUAUUCAAGAAGAUCAGGCAUCGAGCAAUUCACAUUGCGUCGCGUAUCUGAUCAAAGAUCGUUCCAAGGUGAUGAGAGUGGAUGACUUGCGUCAGAAGUUACGAUUAAGAGGCCUUCGUUGCCAUCCUAUGUAUUGUCGAAAUUCAACGAGAAUGCAGAUUGUUCCUCUUCUUGCUUCUCGAUCUCAAGCUCUCAGGUACUUGUUCGUGCGGUGGAGGCUAAACGUGGCGACCAUGUACGUGGUGGUUGGAGAUCGCGGCGAUACGGACUAUGAGGAAUUGAUCUCCGGAACUCACAAGACUGUGAUCGUCAAGGGGCUCGUCACAUUGGGUUCUGAUGCCCUUCUCCGGUCAACAGACCUUCGAGACGACAUCGUUCCAUCAGAGAGUCCUUUUAUCGGUUUUCUCAAGGCUGAUUCACCGAGAAUUACAAAUUCUAAAAUCACUGGAGAAUAUCUCGUCUUCGUCCUGGUUUCAGACGCGAUGCGAAGGUUAGGGCACCACCGGCUCCAUGGGAAGACGGGAGGAGUUGGAACAAAGGGGAUGGUGGCGAAACUGUCUAUCGGAGUCAUUGUUCUACUGAUCUGUACUCUCUCGCUGCUUUUCUCGGCUAACAUCGGUAGCAAUCGCGAGCCGACCCGUCCAUCUAAGAUAAACGUGGAAGAGCUCUGGGAGAGUGCUGAAUCUGGUGGUUGGAGACCGUCUUCUGCGCCACGAUCUGACUGGCCUCCUCCUACCAAGGAGACAAAUGGUUAUCUCCGUGUUCGAUGUAAUGGUGGUUUGAAUCAGCAACGUAGUGCGAUAUGUAAUGCAGUACUUGCUGCCCGGAUCAUGAAUGCCACACUUGUGUUACCCGAAUUAGAUGCAAACUCGUUUUGGCAUGAUGACAGUGGUUUUCAAGGUAUCUAUGACGUGGAACAUUUUAUUGAGACACUGAAGUAUGAUGUGAAGAUUGUGGGAAAGAUCCCCGAUGUUCACAAAAAUGGGAAAACCAAGAAGAUAAAAGCUUUUCAGAUUCGUCCUCCUCGAGAUGCUCCUAUUGAGUGGUACCUGACAACUGCUCUAAAGGCAAUGAGGGAACAUAGUGCUAUCUAUCUUACCCCUUUUUCACAUCGUUUGGCGGAAGAAAUUGACAAUCCUGAAUAUCAAAGGUUAAGGUGCAGAGUGAACUACCAUGCUUUGAGAUUCAAGCCACACAUCAUGCAGUUGAGUGAAUCUAUUGUUGAUAAACUCCGGUCACAGGGCCACUUCAUGUCGAUCCAUCUUCGUUUUGAAAUGGAUAUGUUGGCAUUUGCCGGGUGCUUUGACAUAUUUAACCCUGAGGAACAGAAGAUACUUAGGAAGUACCGUAAAGAAAAUUUUGCAGAGAAAAGGCUUAUUUACAACGAAAGACGGGCUAUCGGAAAGUGUCCACUGACCCCUGAGGAGGUAGGUCUUAUAUUACGAGCAAUGAGAUUCGACAACUCCACAAGGAUAUACUUAGCAGCUGGUGAACUUUUUGGCGGGGAACGGUUCAUGAAACCGUUUCGAACCUUAUUUCCACGGCUUGACAACCAUAGCUCGGUAGACCCCUCUGAGGAGCUGUCAGCAAAGUCACAGGGAUUAAUAGGAUCAGCUGUGGAUUACAUGGUUUGUCUCCUCUCCGACAUUUUUAUGCCAACAUAUGAUGGACCGAGCAAUUUUGCCAACAAUCUUUUAGGUCAUCGCCUUUACUAUGGUUUCCGUACCACAAUCAGACCAGACAGAAAAGCAUUAGCUCCAAUUUUCAUAGCUAGAGAGAAGGGGAAAACGGCUGGAUUCGAAGAAGCAGUGAGACGAGUGAUGCUGAAAACAAACUUUGGAGGGCCUCACAAACGUGUAUCUCCUGAAUCGUUUUAUACAAAUUCAUGGCCUGAAUGUUUCUGUCAGAUGAAUCCGAAGAAGUCUAGUGAUAAAUGCCCGCCAAAUAAUGUUUUAGAGAUUCUUGACAGCCGGUUAGAGAGUGUCAGAGAUCCAGAUUCAACUUCUCAGACGAAUUCCACGGUCACUGGAUUAGAACGGUAAGGAUCUUAACUGGUAAGCCUUUGGAACGUUUUAUACCAAAACUUGUUUCAAACAAAGAAGGGCAGAAGAAGAGAGAUGUUUCUCGACAUUGUUCAUACAAUUCAGGUAGCUCAACAUCUCUGUGUCAAACUUUUUUCUUUAUGAAGCAUAGAUUUGAAUCUUGUUUCAAAAUUUGUAACAAAAUCUAAGAGAAGUG